UACUGUGAAACAGUGUGAUAGAGGAGCAAGACAACAAGGAUUUUGGACCAUAGUACGAUAAUUCAGCCACAACUGUUUUCACCUGAUAUGGUAUACAAGAUUGUUCAGAUGGAGACAGGAUCAGUCAUGCACCCCAGGUCAAUCCACUUUGACCUCCCGCUACUGCUGGGUGUGCUCCUGUUGUGGGGACCUAUGGGGUCCAGGGGCCAAAAUGACACAGAGCCCAUCAUUCUUGAGGGCAAAUGCUUGGUCGUAUGUGACUCCACUCCUUCAUCGGAGCCGGCCAGUAAUGCCCUGGGCAUGUCGGUCCGCUCCGGCUCCGGCCGGGUGGCCUUCUCCGCCAGCCGCCAGACCAACCAUGAGCCCACGGACAUGAGCAACCGCACCAUGAUCAUCUAUUUCGAUAAUAUUUUGGUGAACGUCGGCACUCAUUUUGACCAAGAGAGCAGUGUCUUCCUGGCACCGAGGAGAGGAGUGUACAGCUUCAACUUCCAUGUUGUAAAGGCCUAUAAUAGACAAACUAUCCAGGUCAGCCUGAUGGUGAACGGCUGGCCAAUGAUUUCAGCUUUUGCCGGGGAUCAGGACGUCACCAGAGAAGCUGCCACCAACGCCGGCCUAGUGAUUAUGGAGAAGGGGGAUAAGGCCUACCUCAGACUGGAGAGAGGCAACCUGAUGGGGGGCUGGAAGUACUCCACCUUCUCUGGGUUUCUGGUCUUCCCCUUGUGAGGAAGGUGGAUGGAGAGCAGGUUGAAGUGUUGUAUGGGCGAGAACUGGAUGGAGAGGGAGUUAGAAUGAGUUGAAGGAAGGAGUGACAGAGGGGAGAGAGACAUGAGGGGAAAAGAAGCAGGAGAGAAGAAAGCUUUCAAUCUGCAAUUCAUUAUAAAGCGCAUGAAAGAAUGUGUUUUAUGCAAAAUAAAGAGCUGAUUGUGCAAAUUAAGAUAAUUUUCACCUGAGGAAAAAAAAACAACAAUGGAAAAGUGGAAAAAAAGAGGUUUGUUUGUGAUAUUAAUUUGCUCUGUUUCUGUGUAUAAAUAUUUGAUGGAUUUAUGUAAGAGAUAUUUUAAUUGUGACAAAAUUAUAAAUUAUCGAUAUGCAAUGUGGGCUUCUGUGCAAAGACUGGUGAGAUCAUCUGCCUUUUUUUAUUCAAAAUGCGUGAAACACUGCUGUGCUCCACAUGGCACCCUGUCUAGCUUACAAACUUGCCUAACUUACCCUUAAUUCUGCUGUGUCGUAUGACUGAUG